AUGAAACUCCUUUCACUCAUUCCAGUCCUUGCAUAUACACCAUACACACUUGGUCAAGUCUUCUCCUCGUACGUCGACGACAACGGCAUUGUGCUCUGGCAAAACACCUGGGACAGCCAAGUCGGAGCAGGAAAUGCACAAUGGGGUCUCGCUCUGCCUCCGGUGAAUGCAAGCGAGUACAUGAAUGAAUACAUUGGCCGUGUGGUGGCUCCCAUUCCAGAAACGGGAACAUGGCUUGGGAUUUCUCACAGUUCGGGAAUGACAGGCUCCCUCAUUCUCCUCACCUGGGUCAAUGGAGACCAAGUCAUGACAGGUUUUCGGUAUGCUUCGGGAUAUGUCGAACCGAGCGUCUACACGGGCAACGCUUCGCUUUCCGUCAUUAGCUCUUUUGUCAAUACCACUCACUAUGGUUUGACGUACAGAUGUCAGGAUUGUUGGAGUUGGGAGCAAGAUGGAGUAUCGGGUUCGCAAGUGCCCAAGACGACAUCUGCUGCUGCGCAGUUGCUGGGCUGGGCUCAAGCGACCACGGCGCCCAUGACGCCAGAGGACACAGAUACGGGUAUUGUGCAACAUGCAGCAGACGGAAUCAUGGCUGCUACGGUUGCGAGUGCUCGCAAUGCAGCAUACACUUCUUGGGUGUCCUUGGGAACUCCCACAGGUUCUCCUCCUCCUUCGUCGCCCUCGAAUGUCACCACCAUCACUCCUCCCACUGGCACAAAUACUACGAUUCCAACAGGUGGCUCCAACUCCACCGCAACACCUACUGCAUCAUCUACUCCCUCUUCCUCCCCUGCUUGCGCAAGCAAUAGCACCAUCACCUCGCAAACAUGGGACUACAUUGUCGUCGGUGCCGGAGCAGGCGGCAUACCCCUCGCAGACAAACUCUCCGAAUCCGGCGCCUCGGUCCUGCUCGUCGAAAAAGGACCCCCAUCCUCCGGUCGCUGGGGCGGAACUCUCAAACCGGACUGGCUCGUAGGCACCAACCUCUCCCGCUUCGACGUUCCAGGCCUCGACAAUGAAAUCUGGCGCGACUCGGAUGGAAUCGCGUGCACAGACGUCUCUGUCAUGGCAGGCUGUGUGCUCGGAGGCGGAACCGCAGUCAACGCAGGUCUCUGGUGGAAAGCCAAUCCUACAGAUUUUGAUUAUAAUUUUCCAGUAGGCUGGAAAGGCGCAGACAUGACGGAGGCGGUGGAGCGAGUGUUUGAUCGGAUUCCUUUUACGGAUGUUCCGAGCCAGGAUGGAAGGAUUUAUCAGGGUGAAGGGUACGAUGUGGUGGGUGGUGCUCUUGCUGCUGCUGGAUGGAAAAAUGUGACUGCGGGAGAUGUACCUGGGGAGAAGAAUUUGACGUUUUCUCGACCGAAUCACAUGUUUGCUCAUGGGGAGAGGGGAGGGCCCAUGGCGACUUAUUUGGUGUCUGCGAGCGAGAGGAGCAACUUUCGGUUGGUGACUAAUACUUCUGUCGCGAGGGUCUUGAGGAAUGGUGCGACGAUGACCGGUAUCGAGGUGGAGGCAUUUCUGGACGGAGGUAUCUGUGGCACGAUCAAUGCGAGCAACAUUAUUUUGAGCGCCGGCGCAUUUGGCACACCCAAAAUCCUCUUUCGAUCUGGUAUCGGACCUCAGGAUCAACUCGAAACUGUAUCGGCAGCAGAAGGCGACAAGAUGAUUGACAGCUCGAACUGGAUCAACCUCCCUGUGGGACACAACCUGGAUGAUCAUACGUCGACCGACAUCGUCAUCACCCACCCCAACGUCACCGUAUACGACUUCUACGGCGCCUAUACCGAUCCCAUCGACGCGGACAUGGAGUUAUACCUCCAAGGCAGAAGCGGCAUUCUCGCGCAGUCUGCUCCGAACUUGUUAGCCGGGUUUUGGCAAGAAAUCGAUGGCUCGGACGGCAUUACCAGACAGCUUCAAUAUACAGCUCGUGCCGAGUCCAGCCACGAUGUGAGCAGCAACCACUCCAUCUCCAUUACACAGUACCUGGGACGAGGCUCGACUGGACGUGGCGUGGCCAGCAUUACCGCAGCGCUGAACAUGGUCGUCUCGAAAGUCCCCUUUGCAAGCAGUGCCGAAGACGUCGCCGCCAUCAAAUCCGGAAUCGAAUCUGUCCUCUCCGCCCUGUCACUCGACCCUUCCAUUCAAGUCGUCUACCCCCUCUUGAGCAGCAACAGCAACAGCAACAGCAGUAGCAGCAACAACAAUACGACAACAACAACCACCAUCGACUCCUGGCUAGCAAACUACCCCCUCACAACCUCUUCUCGCUCCGCAAACCACUGGAUGGGCACCGCCAAAAUGGGCCUCGACUCCGGUCUCGUCGCAAAUGGCACCGCAGUCGUCGACACGGAUACCAAAGUCUAUGGCACGCAAAAUCUCUUCGUCGUCGACGCUUCUGUGUUUCCUGGAAUGGUUUCUACGAAUCCUUCGGCAAUGAUUGUUGCGGUGGCGGAACAUGCUUCGGAGAGGAUUCUUGCGAGGGGAAGAGAUGAUAAAAAGAAGAAGAAGGCGAGGGCUUUGAGGAGUCCUCCGACUUCUCGGCGAAGAGGGAGUUGCUCACGACCUCGUUCUUCAGGACAUACUUUGCGGACCAUCCGAGAAGAGAUUGUUGCUGCUGCUGCUACUGUUAUUAACGGAAUAUCCUUCACUUGUGGACGUUGUCGAUCGAUCCCAAACGUCGACGACGACAGUGACUCUGGGAGGAUUCUUCUCAGAAAUCCGAUGGGCCAGCCGAUAUCGGAGUCGACCACACUACUCAAUGCGAACAUUGGCUUCCUAAGGACGCAUCUGGCCAUUAUUCAUAUCCCGACCUCAGCAUAUUCACUGUUCCUGCAACCCAUCCUUGCCCUGCUCCUACAUAACAACUCCCGAGACCAAGAUGGUGCAGUCGUACCCCCGCAUCGUCCCUGGAACUACUGGCUGCCAUUCGUCAACUUGUCCAUCACACCCAACGAAUGCUCCAUCGUGUGCCCCCGCGAGGAAGCCGAAGCGCUCUUCCAGCCGCUGAUUGCAUCUCUCAGCGCAGACUUGCAAAAGCACGUCUCCAUCAGCACAGAAGACUACUCGGCCAUCACCAUUGGUGGCGAGGGCCUGGAAGCCGGGCAACGAGUGCUCGAUUUGACCAGUCCGCUGGCAUUGGCUGGCAUUCCCAUCUUCUUCAUUACAUCAUACUACUCGGACUUCAUCCUGGUCCCGUUUAGCUCUCGGCUUAAAGUCAUCAAUGCGCUGGAAGAACGUGGCUUCGUAUUCGAGGCCGAUAGUGAAGAUGGCGAAGCAGGCCAUAUGACGAAUCCGGCUUCACCGCUUUCGCCAUCACAUGCGCGACAAGGAUCAUGUUCUUCGAGCUCCAACGGUUCCGGCAUCUACCACCAACACUAUCACUAUCACCAUCAGAGUCUAAUGACUCCCACGACCCCUCCAACACCACCACCCACCACCAUCUCCGACCUCCAACUCAAAACCUUCCAAAUCCUCGCUCGCAACCACAUCUCCCCCUCCGUCGACCCCUCUCUCCAACUCAUCACCUGCGCCGGCCUCAAAGACUCCACCCCGGGCUCAUCAACCUCCAAUUUCACCCAAGGAAAACUCGACGUGGGAAUCGCCAAAUGCCUCACAACCACACACCCUUUCCCCCCAAAAUUCUUCUCUCUAACUCUGACAGACUCGGAAUCCGCCUCCUUCACAUUAGAAAAACGACUUUUGGAGAAUUUUUUUCUGGGCGGUGAAGAAAUUCUGUUGGGGACGCAGGCUCCGGAACAAAUUCCUAUUACGUUGGAUUUGCACAUGUUGCCUGUUGAGAGUACGGGGAUUGUGUGUGGGGUUUCGAGUCGGUUGAUUGAAGGUAUGAAGGGGAGAUUGGGGAGGGAGAUGUUUAAUAUGAGUUAUUUGAGUACGAGUCGUGCGGGGCAUGUCAUUGUGUAUGAGGAUGAGUUGGAGGAUGCCAUGGAUGCUUUGCGCGGGGCUGAGGAGUUGCAGUUGGGAAAAGAGGAAAGGUGAAAAACUGGUUGUUUUGUUUCCUCCCCUUUUUGGGGGAGCGAGGGUGGCAUGACUGUUUUAUGUAGCAUUUGUUGAACUCACCUUUUUCAAUCUUCAAUUUCUUUUGGAGAAAAAAAUUGAACUUUCAGUUACGCCAAUCGCAUGCUCAUUAAGGUAAGUAAUGGACACCAAAGGCCCUCUGUAUAUCCUCCCUGGCUACACUUCUAUUCUUGUAUCUCACACUCUUUUCUCUUCUGGACAGACUGAGUGGGAAUGUGGCAGAAACAUCAAAGAGGACAAACUACAUCAUCAUCGUUAUCGUCAUCAUUAUCAUCAAUCGCAUCCAUCACACAGAUGCUGCAUUUCCCAGCCUAGCGAUGCAACAUGCCCUUGACUUUGCCAAAAAGCUUCCCACCAAGGCCACCCUUAGCAUCACCCUGCAAAGGCUUCGUCUCGGCAGGCGGUGGUGGAGGAGGAGGAGUGGAAGUUCCGUCGUAGCUAGCAGGCUGCUGCUGCUGCUGUUGUGGUGGUGCUGCUGCUGCUGGCGCCACAUUCCCCACUGCAGCGCUCUUGCCUCCAACAGAGACUGUAAACAACACCGGAUCACCCGCAUUGACUUUUCCCGAUUGGUCUUCUCCCCCAUCGGGCUGCACAUCAUCGUACGCAAACGCGUAUCCCUUCCUGUCGACAUUGUGUUCGUGCACGAGCCUGGCGUAGUGGUUCGUAGGAUCUCUCAGGUAAAACGUCUCGGGGUGACUCGGGUGAUCUGCACAAUCGGCCAGAGAUGAUCGCACGAAUGAUGCUGCGAGGCGAGGGAUAAUGGCGUUUCUCACAGCCGAGGAGCCGGUUGUGAAGGGCCCGCUGUUACAGCCGAGAAUAUCUGCUGUAGAUGGCUUUUCGAACUCUUCGUCUCCGAUUUGGAAACGAUCGUGGUGAUUGACUUGUCCCUCCAGCACGCCAGGGCCGGCCUGGGUGUUGAUCUUGCAUUUGCAAUCGGACUUGUACUUUUGCCACACCUCGUCCACGUACGGCUCAAAGUACCCAUCGAAGCUCGCUUGAACUGCAUCUCCAUGCGUGGCGUUCAGGAUUCGUAGGUUGCGCCCGUCUUUGUUGAUGACAAGUUUGUCCCAUGGCCGGCCGUCCUUUUGCGCUUGUUCUCGAAGGCUUUCUGCCAUGCGAUCGAGACCGUCUGGCGCCAUGCCCGCUACGUGCUGCACAUCGCCCGAGCUGGUCUGCAAGUGGAUGGAAAUGGGGAUCCGGGGGACAUGAUCGACGUACGAGAUGUUCGCAUACAAUUGCUCAUUGUUCAACGUGAAUUCCGCAAAGCCAAAAUUCACAUUGGCAUUGGGAUCGCUGGGGUUGAGGACUGAAGGUUCGACCAGAGCUGGGCCUCCAGGAUUGAGCAGAAAUGUGAGAUGGCCUUCCGCAAUCCAUAUUCGCCCUCCUGCUAUUUGUGGAAUGGUGAUAUUGGCAAUGUUUCCGGGCGGUCCUAGAGGUAUGGCGCAGUCUUCUUGCAGCUGAGAACCAAUGUCCUUGACUUCUGUUGGGAAGUAGAGGUCUUUCCCGUUUGCUUUGAGCAAACAACGCUUGCCUUCAUGCUGUAUGGCAAUGCCGGUGACAUAGGCAUGGAUGUUGUCAAGAUCGCUGUCGUUCUUGAGGGCGAUUUGCAGUGAGUCCGGCAUAUUGUGUGGUGUCG